CUUCCCAACGUAAAUACACUCUAACCUACCAUUUGUGUCAAAAUAAAUACAAUACUCUCACCAACCACAUAUUAAAUAGUGUGAGUGAGUGACUUAAGGUAGGAGCACAACGAAAGAAGCCAUAAGAAGGGAUUCUAGAUCUAAGCUCUCCCACUUUCUUUUCUGCAUAAUUCACUCCUUCGUUUAUAAAGAAACAAUGAUGCGGAGUUAUUAUAUACAUGAUUAUAAUGUUUGUAUGUUUGAACAACUUCCCUGCAUAGGUUCAGAAUUCUCAAGAAGAUGCUAUCAGUCGGAUGAUAAAUUUUAAUAUUUCAGAUGAUGUGGUGCAAACCAUUUUAAUUCUUGCCAAAGGCCACGGCCUGUUUAAAGAUAGUAAUCCCUUUAGAAUUAUGGAAUCAGAGAUUGUGUCUGCAAUAAAGGUCUCGAUGGUGUUAAACAAUAUUCUUGAUGACUUUAAAGCUUAUUGUGCAAUAAUGAGAAAGGGGAUGAAGGGUGUGUUAUUCAACUAUGACACUGGUUCCGCUCAGGGAUUUGGUUGUACUAUUGAGGCCGAGCUUGCCCUGAAGUAUAAGUACAGAAAUGUUACUAGAAAUUUCAAGUUGUUGAAAAGUUUCUUUUAUAAAAUAUAUAAUAAGCAGGUUUCUUCUAGAAGUAUUGGCAAAAGGAAAUCAACAAAUUAGUCAUCUGGAAGAAGCAAAAUCUCCAAAAGCACAAGCUCAGUGAAUAAACAAUAUACGCCGAAUAUGAUUAAAUUGAAAGAAAGAAUGGAAAAGGAAGUUAAGUGGUUAACUGAAGAGUUUAUCCACAAAUUUUUAGUUGAAGGGUUUCAAGACCCGAACAAAUGUGAACUAUUUUUGAGCUAUGAUACAGAUAAAUUUCAAAAUGGUAUUAAGUUGCUUAUUUAGUAAAAUUUGUAAACUUUUGUGUUGAGAAGCCAACUUAUGUACUGUACUUAUAAUUAGUUAAUUAGUUUAUGUAAUUUAUGUGAAGGUGGACCAAUCGGUAGCACUCUUCAAAA